AUGGCAAGUUCUCGUGAUUCUCGACAGGGUGGGGAUGUAGGUGUCACAAAGGCUUCAGACGACCCUUACAAGACCCUUUGUGAUGAUGUGAAAUCCUUCAUUGUGUCGUUCUAUAAGCACAUUAAAAGCAAUGAUUUAGUUGAAAUUGAAAAUGACUACGUCAUCAAGUUUCCAAAACUCACAGAGCAGUAUUUUAAAAGUACUCGUUGGCCUUCCGUUGAGAUAAUCGCCCCACUUGUGCACAAAGAUCCCUUGUUCAUGAUGUUGUAUAACGAGCUCUUUUACCGUCACCUUUACGCUCACGUGAACUCUUUUCCGGAGCUGGAGGAAGCCCAUCAAUCAUACUUGAACUAUUGUGCAUUCUUCGAAGCUCUCCUAAAGCCUAAGCAUCCUGUUCAGUUGGAGUUGCCGAACCAGUGGCUCUGGGACAUAAUUGACGAGUUUAUCUACCAGUUCCAGAAGUUUUCCAUCGCUCGCAACAAAGUCAAAAAGAAGCCAGAGGAUGAUGCCUUUCUUCGUCAAAAUCCAAGAACUUGGAGUAUUCACGGCGUCUUAAACAUCCUCUUUCAACUAGUUGAGAAGUCGAAUAUCAAUGACCAACUAAGUUAUUACGCAAUGCAACGUGACUCCUCUGAGGUUGCUGGUGUGUUCGGUCAAUGCAACCUCUAUAAAAUGCUGGGCUUCUUUAGUCUAGUCGGGCUUUGUCGUGUGCACUGCCUCCUUGGCGACUACUUCACCGCUCUAAAGAUGCUGGAACACGUUCAACUAAGUCACCAGGAGUUGUAUCACGAGGUGCCCACCUGUCACAUCACAACCGGUUAUUACGUCGGCUUCGCCUACAUGAUGAUGCGUCGCUUCCAGGACGCCGUUCGAACCUUCACGAGCACGCUGGUGUACAUCUCUCGAGUGAGCAACUACGUGGCCCAGCACCAAGACCUCCGAGAUUACGUCAUUAAACAAUCCGAUCAGAUGACCAGUCUGCUGGCGAUCUGCAUCACAAUCAACCCUAUGCCCAUCGACCAGUCCGUGGAGCAGCAUAUCAAGGACAAGUUUGCAGAAAGCCUUAACCGCCUCCAGCAAACCAACAAGGACGAGUUCAGCAUGUGCUUCGAUAUGGGCUGCCCGCGCUUCAUCAACCCCGACGCCAACGCCAACGAACGCACCGACUACGUGCUGGAUGCCCAGCGUCACCAGGGCUACGUCUUUCGCAACGAGUUAGAUCAACACUGGAUUGAGCUGCCUCGCUUGCGCUCCUUCCUCAAGCUCUACACCUCCUUGCCUGUCUCCAAACUGGCACACUUCUUGGACGAGGAUGAAGAGGGUGUCCACUCACUGCUGAUGCGUUUCAAGCAUCUUCUGAAGAAUGUGACCUCGACCGGAGAGUCCUGUGGUUGUCUGGAGGGAAUCCUCAAACUCCUCUGUGACACCGAUUUCUACGUUGACGGCGACAUGGUCCACAUCGCCGAUAUGAAGGUCGAUCGGCGCUUCUCGGAGUUCUUCAUGCUGCAAUUGGAAAAGCUCCGUGAGCUAAACGACCAAUUGGAUGAGGUGGAGAAAAAACUCAACAGUACUCGUAUCCGUGCGUAG